AUGCACGGGCUCGAAGUUCGGAAAAUUAAAUCUGGUAAUGACAGACCGAUGCCGGUUGGAUUGCACGAAAGAAGACCAUGAUUAUGAUGAUAUUGUAACUGCCGGGUCUGCCCAGGAAAUCGUAAAUGUGAAAAGCAGAGAUGAGGGUCAUCUGUGUGUUUUUACUGCUAGGAAUCUGCAGUGUUCAAGCAAGUGUUUCCUCGAUAGACUCUGUCCCUUCUGUCAAUGGCACCUCCAAUCAUACAUCAAAUGAAACAGAGAAAGAACAUGCUGAGGGGGUGGUACUGGUCGAAAUCAAGUACGAAGCGAUUAAGGAGCCAUUCUUCUUAACUUUGGUGGUCUUGAUUGCUGGGCUAAGUAAAAUUGGAUUUCACCAUGCAGAUGUCAUAUCUUCCAAGGUCCCUGAAUCUUGUCUUCUCAUCAUAUUAGGUGUCAUAUUUGGAUCCAUUUUAUUCCUAGGAAUAGGAGCCAAUGAUAGUUUACCAGACUUCUUUACACCAGAGAUAUUCUUCCACUACCUUCUACCACCAAUUAUAUUGGAGGCCUCCUUCAGCCUUUAUGACAAAACAUUUGCAGACAAUCUAGGGAGUGUUCUCAUACUUGCUGUCGUUGGCACAACAAUAUCAUGCUUCUUUAUAGGCCUGACUCUGUACGGUCUGAUGAUGGCUGGGGCUAUGGGAGCUAUAUCAGAGAUCCCCUUGAUCCAGAUACUGGUCUUCUCCUCCCUUAUAGUAGCUGUGGACCCAGUGGCAGUCUUAGCAGUCUUUACAGAGGUGGGUAUUAAUCCCACCCUGUAUUUCCUUGUGUUUGGGGAAUCUCUGCUGAAUGAUGGUGUGACCGUUGUGUUGUAUAAUGUGAUGCAGACAUACAACAGGUUACAAGAAGGAGGGGGGACAAUUGAUGCUGCCCAGAUUGUGCUGGGGAUUGUGAAGUUUGUAAUUGUUUGUGCUGGAGGCCUUAUUAUAGGGAUUGUAGUGGGAUGCCUAUCAGCCGUACUAACCAAGUUCACCAACACAGUCAAAGUGGUUGAACCUAUAGCAAUAUUUGGAAUGGCAUACUUAGCUUUUCUCCUUGCAGAGCUUUUUGAAUUUUCAGGUAUUAUUUGCAUUAUUGGGUGUGGACUGGUGCAAGUUGCCUACGCCUUUCAUAAUAUAACUCCGAAAUCCAAAGUGGCAAUUAAAUACUUCUCAAAAGUACUGAGCAACACCUCAGAGAUCAUCAUCUUCCUGUUCCUAGGUCUGGCUUUGGUCACAGAUCAUGACUGGAGGACAGGCUUUGUUCUGUGGACAUUGGUGCUGUGUAUUGGGUUCAGAUUCUUAGUUGUGUACACACUUACCUUCCUAAUCAACAAGUUGGAUACAUACAGAGUCCGCAAGAUUGGAUUCGAUGAAAUGUUUAUAAUGAGCUAUGGAGGACUGCGUGGUGCUGUCUGCUUCUCUCUGGUGGCACUGCUGGAUAAGAAUGAGUUUAAGGAGAAGGACAUGUUUGUCACCACCACCCUCUUCAUUAUCCUCUUCACCGUCUUCUUCCAGGGUGCCACAAUAAAACCAAUUGUGAAUGCUAUGCGAGUAAGACUAGCGCCCAAAGAUAACAGUACAACAAUGUAUCUUGUUCUUCAUGAUAAAAUUAAUGAUCACCUAAUGGCUGGUGUUGAAGAAAUAUUGGGUUAUCUGGGAAAGUUUACACUACGAGAAAAAUUUCAUUACAUUGAUGACAAAUAUAUCAGGAAGCUGCUGCUGAAAACACCCAGCAUAGAGGAUGGAGCAGAUAUUAUAGGCAAUUAUGAGAAGCUAGUGAUGAGAGAACAUUACAAGAAUUUACAUUUGUGUGGCGCUGCUAAUCUGCCCAAAGUUCCCAGUGAUCUGAGGAAUGUGGACAGCUCAGCUGUAUUACUAGAACUAGAAGCAGGGGAGGAGGCAGAAAAAGAAGAGCAAGAGGUGAAAGUCAAAGAAGCAGAAAUGAGACCAGGACAUAUAAAUGGUCCAAGUACUAAUGGUAAUGAGCCCAGGAAGUCCCAGAGAAAGCCGAUUUCUAUUGAGAUAGGGGGAGAACCUACAGCCAAAGACUUCAGGAACUUGUUGGAUCAGAGUAUGAGAUCCCCAACUCUGGUGAUUCCGAAGAAAAGAUUUGAUGAUUUUGUCAGUGACACUGCCAAAGUUGAUUUCCAAAACUUACGAAAAAGACGAAAGAACAAUGCUCGCCUACAGCGCAUGAAAUCCAUCAGGAAAAUGCCAGAAAGAGCUCUGUCCUGGGCAGAAGAGGACACGGCUCUGUGUAGAAAUAGGUCAAAUAAUCGUGUCAAAGGGCGCACCAAUAAGGCCAUGACAGUAGACUACUCCCCAUUGGAGGGAAAUAAAGAUUUCAAUUCUUCGUUGAUCAAUCAGACAAUUCCUGAAGAUGAUGUGUUUGGGUCAGAAGAGCAUGGGGCGGAGGUUAGCCCCCUGAUAACCGAUGACAUGGACUCAAAGGGGGCCAAAGACGGGGGGUCAAAGAAGAAAGUGCAGCAUGAAGCCCUCCAUCGGCAGGACGCCAUAGAAAACAUCCCCUUAGAGAAUGUUAAGGAGGUGAAGAGAACCAAAUCCUUAGAUGUCUAAUCUAAGACUGUAUAGUUUAAACUUGUCUUUUGAUAUUUUUUAAAUUAUUUUUUCUUGGAAGGGUUUGCUGAAUUAUAGGUAGGGGUUAUUUUUUUGCAAUCCAUUAUUUUUAACACUUCAUUAUAUUUAUCUUUCUAAUUUGCAUAUAUAGUGCUUUACUGUUAACAUGAAUUUAUUUUUUUGAUAAUUUUUUGAUGCAAGGGAGAGAAAAGUUUGUUUUUAUAGAAUUCAUUGUGUUCUAAUUUAUAAGUAAAGGAACGGUGGUUUUCAUAUGCCUCUGUAUGUUUUGUGUUUAUCAAAGAGGUCCGUGAUCAUUUUUUUGGACCCACUAUGUGUCAUAGUGAUAGAAUAGUCUGUGAUUGACCUGAUUAUUUUUAAUAUUUAUAGAUAUAUUUCGCCAUUGUUUUUAGGUACUGUGAAAUGUUUAAUCUGUUUCCUUCACAUUUACUUUGAUUAACAGAUUCUUUAAUUAACAGAUUAAUUGUAGAGACUUUUGUCAUUUGAGACACUGUUUUGAAAAGGAAACAUGGUAACAAUUAUAAAUAAGAGACAAUUUAACCCCUUUCAUGGCAUAUACCCAUUUCUAUGCAUCUGAAUUGAAAAACAAGUAUAGUGAGAACAAACAUUCAAAACUUCGUUAAUACUGCAAAUAUCAGAAUAAUUCUUGCAAUGUUAGAAAGAGAAAAUUAUUACGAUAAAUAAUAUACAGAAUUUUUUUUAUUGGUUUUACCAUUUUUUUUGCUAGCUCGAGUUAAACUUUGUGCACUAUUCAAGCGAUUUUGCCAUUAUCAAAAUCAAUGCGGUGAUAACAUGUAAAUGUUAAAUUACUAAAUUCUAGUGAUUAUCUCCCAACACCCCAAACUCCCCCCAAAACAACUUAAAAUUGGUUUUUAAAGCAUGUACAACAUGCUCAUAAUUUUUGGCACAAUAAUAAAAUAUUUUUAAAUAUAUCUAACUAAGCAAAAAAAAAAAAAACAAACAAACAACCCCCCCAAAAAACGGAAUGAAUCUCUAUCUUGAAUAAAUAGAAAUUCCAGCAUCAUGCUGGUGGUGUUGUUCAUUGCCAUGGCAACUGAAAUGAUAUUUUUUUCAUCAUUUUCAGAAACUACGCAAUAUCUGCUUUCAGAUAAUAUAAACAUUGGUAUAUACAAAAAUAAAAGAAAUACCCGAAAAAAUGCAAAAGUGCAUUGAAAUUUUAAUAACAAUUUGUCUAAAAAUGCUCAAAAUCUUUGUCAUGGAAGGGGUUAAAGAAUCUUAUGAAAUGUUGAAUGUAAUAUACAAGUACUUUUGUAGAUAAAAUAAGCAAAUAAUGUAUAAAUUCUGCACUAGAUACUUAAACUGAGUCCUCAAGAAAUCACAUAUCCCAGCUGUUAAAUGUGGCUUAUUUUUAUUAUGUGUGUUUGUACAUGUAUGUAUAUGCAUAUGUUAGCAGAAUGUUCUUCCACUCUCAACUCUCUUUGGCAUCACACAUUGCUUUUUUAUCAUGGUAACAAGUUUUCAUUCAAAUAGGGUGCAAUCCUUCAUUUAUAUUUUUAUAUUUUCCAUGAAUAUAUCACAGUUGGUACAUCAAAUAUUAAUUACCACACUAUUUGUGUAAGAGAUCCUGUAUACUAUUAGCUGGUUAUAUUAAUACUCACUCUUUGAUAUGUAACACAUUACUUAUGUUUUUCAUAUAUACCAAAAAUUCAUUGACUUUUCCUUCAAUAUCAAGUGUUUUACUAUGUGUAUCUGAUGUAGGUAUUUUUCUGAAUUCAAUAUGCAUAGUCUUACGCAGUUAUUCUAGAUUUGUUUGUUUUAUCUUUAAAGUGUAGAAAUUUGAUGGUGUUCUAGAUUGCAAGGUAUUGGGAAUUGCAGCAUAUUUAAACUGUGUGUCAACAAGUUAUACAAAAAAAAAUUCUUUCUUGGUAGAUUUGUGUAAGUAUCCAUGUCUUAAAAGAAGGUAUCAUUUUCAAAUUAACAAGUAAUGUUGGACAAGUAGAGCCUUUACAAAUUGUUUUACAUUUAAGGAUUUUAGUGAAUGUACUCUUAAUACAGUAAAACUUGGUUAUAACGAAGUCAUUGGGACCUGUGAAAUUACUUUACUAUAUCCAUAAUUCAUUAUAUCUGUAUAAAGAAUUCGUUAAAUUUAUGUAGCUGGGGAUCCACGAUUACUUUGCUGUAUAUGUGAAUUUGCAAUAUCCGUGUUCCUAGUAAACGAGUUUUACUAUAAUACUAUUCUGUACUGUUCAUAUUGUAUAUAUACGAACAUGUUUAUGUACACUAUUAUCAUAUCAUUGACAUUCUAAUUAUAGAAUAUCUAUAACGAGUAUAAAAUGAUUUUCUGUGAUCACUCAAUAUGUACGCAUAAAAUGAUUUUCUGUGAACAUGCAAUAUUUACGCAUAAAAUGAUUUUCUGAGAUCAUGCAAUAUUAACAAAGAGAAUAAUUUUUGUAGGCCAUAUGCAGAAUUUUUAUAUUUUUGUAGACAAAGAUUAUUUCCUGGUCAUGAUUUCUCUUAUUGAGUCAGUUGAAUUUUUUUUUUAUCUAUGAAGAUCAUUCAUAUUACAUGUAUAUAAUGCUUAUUUUGAAGGCCUGUAUCAAAAAUUGUAAAUAUAUAAUACAGUCAUUUAAUUGUUUAGAUAUUUAAAAAAUAUAUAUAUUCAGACUCUAAAAAUCACAAAAAUAAAAUAAAAAUAACCAGUGAAUUUCAUGGAGGACUUAUGCCCUGUUCACAAGAGUGCACUUAAAGUUUUUACCUAGUAGUAAACUAAUGCAAAACUAAAAGUACUUUCAGCAGUGAGCCAGUGAAUGCACAAAAUUGUACCCCACCCCCUUUGAGUAAGGGCAAGUCCAAAUUUUUGCGAAAAAUACUAAACUUCUCACUCUCAAUAUAUGAUAAAAACUUAAGAGUGGUACAAUUGAAUUUUGUAAUAAAGAUGUUAAAUUAUCA